UUAAGUUAUUUUCUUAACUUAUUUUUGGAAGAAUCGAGACCUUUGGACAUCAACUAAACAAAUGCACCAAAAUGCGUAGUCAAUAUAUUUGGAACAACAAAUACCACAUAAUAUAUGUUUUCAUAAUUGUGACAACAUUAAAUACAAUCAGUGCCAAAAAACAAGAAGAAUUAACAUCAUGCCAACACCUUCAGAAGGCAGAAACUCGACGUGCCAGAGCUUUAAAUCCCCUCAACAAGUCAGUCCGUAUACCACGUUGUACUAAAUUAGGAGAAUUCGAACCCAUCCAAUGUGCCAAUGAAGAACUUGGCAAAAACUGCUGGUGUGUCGAUGAAUAUGGUUUUGAAAUUCCCGGCACUCGCAAUCAAACCCGCCAAUCUGUGCAGUGUGUUGAACCAGAAAGCUGUUCAAUCUCAAAUUGUCGUAUGUUCUGCGAAUCCGGAUUCGAUCGUGAUGCCAGAAGUGGAUGUUCUGUUUGUCGGUGUCGAAAUCCUUGUGAUGGCUUAGAAUGCCCCAAUGGAGAGGUGUGCCAAAUUCAAGAAGUCAAAUGUAAAAAUGAACCAUGUCCACCGAUACCGACGUGUAAGAAAGGUCGCUCAAUUGAGAACUAUUGUCCAGCUGGAUUACCUUUAUCGAUUGAUGAUAGUGUGAGGCCUUUUCUGUGCGGUCUUGAACCCGGAAAACCUGACUGUCCUCCAAUGUAUCAAUGCAUGGUUGAAUCGGGCAAUGAUUAUGGAGUUUGUUGUCCAAGUCAGUCAUUGCAACUCAAAAAACCUGGUACAUGUCCAGCUGAUGAUUCCUCACCUUACACUGAAAAAACUGGUUACAUGUGUGGAACUCCUUGCACACAUGAUUUGGAGUGUAAACAAAUGGAGAAAUGCUGUCACACUAAAGGCUGCAAAAUGAGUUGCCAACAACCUGUGAACAUAACCAAUUGCCAUCAACUUAAGGUUCUAUCGGACUUAUUGACGGUUAAUGAACGCGAAGGUCGAGGAUAUGUACCUGAUUGCAAUGGACCCGGAGGUAUGUUUUCACCCAAACAAUGCUCACGAAAUGGCUUGGUUUGCUGGUGCGUUGAUCCAAGAACUGGUAACAAACUAAAAGGAACUAUGGGUGCUGCUACAAAAGUCAAUUGUGAUGGCUGGGAAAACCUUAUAAGCCGAUCAUUUGGACGAAGUUUCAGUUCAAACGAUUGUGAUUAUAAUAUUUGUGCAGCGGUUUGCGAGUAUGGAUUUAAGAACGAUCAUAACGGAUGUCCAACUUGUGAAUGCUCGGAGCCAUGUGAGGGCUUUAAAUGCUCUGGCGGUUCUCACUGUGAAGUUGCCACAGAUCCUCUAUGUGUGUCAGGAUCGGCCUUGUGCUCAUCUUGGCCAGUUUGUAAGCCCGAUUUGGUAUACUCCAAUCCCUGUGAAGUGGAUAGCCCAUUGCAAGAUAACGUAACUGGGGAAGUUCUUUAUUGUAAUGAAGAGCGUCAGUCCCGUGCCCUAGGCCCAACCCUCUUCUACGAUGAUGAGCCUUUAGUUUCGGAAACUCGUUCCUUAACCAAUCAGAUAGUGUGUCCCGCAGAAUACAAAUGUACCAAGCUUCAUGGCCAAAACCAACGUGUUUGCUGUCCUGAAGUACCCAAGCAAUCAAUAGAACUUGAUUUGGAAGCUGAACCAAGACAACAGACAAUGUGCGAGUAUCUCCGAGACUUUUCCAAACGCAUGGAAGGAACCGAAAAAGGUAUGCAAUUAGCAAUUCCACCUCCAGUUUGCACUAGCGAAGGUAACUUCCGAGAACGUCAGUGUACUCUUCGCAAAGUGAUGGUUACCCGUGCUGAACACCGAAAGAUUUUGGAAGAGAACACAAUUCGAAAAAUGAGAAUGCUAGUGCAUGCCAGGUCAAAACGUGAAGUUGUAGAAAGCUUGAAACUCUAUCGAGUUGAUGAUAGUUUAUUGAACAUUCAAGUAGCUUCUCCAGCAGCAGUGAGUGGAAGAAGUGCUAAGCUUAUUGAGUCUUCAGAUGAGAACGAUCUAUUUCCACAACUUUUCAAGGCAAACACUCGUAAGAGUUCUUCAACUCGAUCAAACGCCAAAACCAGUGAAGAUUUGGUACCAAUUGAUAUCGAAGAGUGCUGGUGUGUAGACAAUUUUGGUACGGAAAUACCCGACUCCAGAGGUCCAAAUGUUACCGAUGAGUAUUGUAUUAAUUUGAGGGAAUCUAUUGACUGUCUUGAGUUGACUUGUCGCAUGGGAUGUGAUUAUGGAUUCGACUUGGAACCAACCACAAGGUGUCCUUCGUGUCACUGCCGUGAUCCAUGUAACGGUAUUUCUUGCGGUGACGACAAAGAAUGUCGAAUUAUUGAUGUUUCAUGUGACGAUGAAUAUUGUCCCCCGGUUCCGGCUUGUUUGCCACGGAAACCUGGUCAAUGUCCAUUCUUAGUACCACCAGGUUCCAAUGGUCAAGUUGAUGGCAAUUAUUGCUCUUACGAAUGUCGAACAGAUUCCCAAUGUGAUGGAUCAAGACGUUGUUGUUCGAACGGUUGUGGAACUCAAUGUGUCGAACCACAAAUGAAAACAGCUUGCCAACAUUUGCAUGCCAUACAAAUGCAUCAAUUCUCUGAAAUCGGUAUUCCUGCCAAACAAAUGCAUGUGGCAAUGUGUGAUGAGCAAACUGGCAAAUGGAAAGAGAUUCAAUGUGGACCUGAGAAUAUCUGUUGGUGUGUGGACACCAAUGGGCAGGAAAUAGGUGGAACUCGGGUGAAAAAUGCUACUCCGGUUUGCAAACCCAAUUCUGCAUUUAAAUGUCCUGCAGUUGAGUGUCCUGCUUGUGAAUAUGGCCAUAAAGUUGAUGAGAAUGGGUGUUCUACAUGCGAAUGUCGAGAUUUAUGUGAAGAAAUCACAUGUUCAUCAAAUGAAGCUUGUGAGCUUAUCAAUGUAGAGUGUAUUGAUCGACCAUGUCCGAAAAUGCCAAUAUGUGUACCUUUGCGUGAUUCGGUUUGUCCGGAAGGAAGUCCGCUAAAACAAAACAACGUUGAGCUAAGUUGUGGUCCACAUAAUGAAAAUGAUGUCUGUCCUACCACACACACUUGCCAACUAAAUCCGGUGUCCCAUAGGGGUGUAUGUUGUGCCAAGACUCGAGAUGUGUGCUUUGAAUCUAUUGAUAACACUUGCAAGGCUACUGAUAAAAGUGUAAGCAAUGUGACCUACUAUAGGUUUAGUCCAAAGGUCAAUAAGUGCGUUCCAAUCUUGGUGGACAUGAGCAAGCCCACUUGCCAGACGAAGAACAUAUUCCGCAACGAACAGGCUUGUGUAUCAGUGUGUCCAGUUCUAACUCCAUGUGAAAGACUGAAGUUGAAGAAUAACUUGGCCGCUAAACGAGCCAGACAGGCUGUCUGGUUUGAGCCAAGAUGUGAUCCUGUGACCGGUCAUUGGAGUCCCGUUCAAUGUCUGGGUAAUCAACUAUCCGAAGAGCCCCCAGUUUAUAUUCAAGGAACCAAUUCAUUUGCUGAUCCAAAGAGUUUAACUACGUCUUCAGGAUAUGGUGUGUGUUGGUGUGCUGAUAAAAAAGGAGCUCCUCUGAAGGGAACCCUCACACGAGACCUGGAACCGAUUUGCAAUAGUCGACAAGCCCGUAGACAAUCUUACACUGAAAUGAAUGACCCACUGAUGGAACAUCUUAUCGAACGAAUGACCAUGUUAGUGACUGAAGAUAUUGUCGAAAAUGAAGACAUUGAUGAGGAUGAAGAUGAAGAUUUGGGUGAAACUACAUUUCCCAUUGAAGCAAUGGCACGUUCUAGCCCAUUAGCAUCGGGAGUGGAUAAUGUCUAUGAAUCAGUUAAUUCAAUUAUGGAUUCACAGCUUUCGGUAGAAAAUAUGCCAAAACUAAGUGACACCACCCGCUGUUAUGGAAUAGCAAAAACUGCUUCAUUCCCAGUAAGUUGCGAUGACAAAGGUGCAUUUCUUCCAACUCAAUGCAACAAAAAUAAAUGUUGGUGUGUUGAUGCAGCUGGCAAUCAAAUUCCUUCAACUUCAACAUUCCAAAGAGGAACACGCAAAUGUGUCUUCACACCCAUCGAUUCAGUUGCCAUUGAGAUAUUCCUUCACAACAUUUCCUCAUCAUCUGUGAAGAAUUUCUAUGAUAUUGUUAAAUUGGAACUACACCAAUACAUUGGUGACUCAAUUAAUUUGCGUGUUCAAGAGAAUCUAGAUGGCACUGCCAUCGUUAGUUUUGAAUUGCAUGAUUCUGAAAAAAUCGACAAAGCCUAUCUAAUCGAAGAUGCCAUUCAAAAUCAGAAAUUAUUCCUGGGCAGAGGACACUAUAUUCCAGAUAUAACAUUAUCAAAAUUCGUUCAUCGUAAUCAUCAAAUUCCAAUUGCACAAACUUUCACCUCACCAGAGAGUACAAUUCAAGUGGCGGUCUUUAUAUUGGCCACUUCGUCGGCUUUCUUGGUGAGCUUGUUUGUGGUUUAUGUGAUGUUGAAACGUGGCCGACACGAUAAGUACCGACAAGGCAAUUACUCAAUUCAAACAGACAAUCUGAACAGUGAUAGAAAGAUUGACUUUGGAUCGCCAAUUUUUGUGCUUAACGUUGAGGAUAGCAAAAAUACCAAAUAAGUUUCAUGACUGCCACACAAUUAAAUACAGGCCUCCUUUGGCACAUGAUAAAUGUAUAGUAUUUCUAGAUAAUUUUCCAAAAAAAAGUAAAAAUUAAUUUCAUACUUUAAUAAUAAAUAAUUUAUGUAUCGGGAAAUCUUCAUUCAACAUGAAUUUGUUGUUGGGUGAAUUAAAAAAAAAUAAAUUCGCUUUGUAUAAAAUUCAUUUUAAUUCAUAUUUUUUUUUAUAAAAAAUAAUAAUUGGAGGUUAUUAAUAAUUCU